AUGAGGGACCCCUCGGCGGCGUCUCCGCUCUCCACCGUUUGGAGAGGCCUCUGGGUGCGGCCUGUUGGCAGCGCCUGGAAAGUUUGCGCGUGCAAAGCACCACUGGAAAGGGGGCAGCUGAGUUGUGUAGUCAGACACGUGAACAGUACAACAUGGUGGCAUGAACAUCUUUCCGAAGAGAAUGUCGAGUUCCUUAAGAAGAUAACUGCGGAUGAAUGCAAAGCUCAGACAGCCAGUAAGCUGUGCCCUCUGAAAGAUGAGCCUUGGCCACUGAAUGAGUGGAAACCAGAUUCCAUCAGAGUUGGUGUUGUUGCAGUAAAACUGGGAAUGAUGCCAAUAUGGACCAAGUCGGGAAAAAAACAUGCUGUCACGCUACUUAAGGUGCAAGAUUGCCAUGUUUUAAGAUACAUUUCAAAGGAAGAGUCGGGUGGAAAAACGUCUAAGCUACUUGUUGGAGGCAAAAAUGCAUCUCCUUUUUCUAAAUCAGAGUCUGCAAUGGAAAUUUUUAAAGAAGCUGGAGUACCACGGAAGCAGAAAGUUACAACAUUUAAUGUAACAGAUGAUGCCAUAAUUAAACCAGGUACUCCUUUGUAUGCUGCUCACUUCCGCCCAGGGCAGUUCGUGGAUGUUACUGCAAAAACAAUUGGUAAAGGAUUUCAAGGUGUUAUGAAAAGGUGGGGAUUUAAAGGUCAACCUGCGAGCCACGGCCAGACGAAAACUCACAGACGUCCUGGAGCAAUAUCUACCAAUAAAGCUGCCAAAGUUUAUCGUGGAAAGAAAAUGCCUGGCCGAAUGGGUAACAUCUAUAGGACGUCUUUUGGAUUGAAGGUGUGGAGGAUCAACACAAAACAUGACAUUAUUUAUGUAAAUGGGUCUGUUCCAGGUCACACAAAUUGUCUGGUGAAGGUCAAAGAUAGCAAAUUGCCUACUUACAAGGACUGCAAUAAAAACCCUCCGUUCCCUACGUUUUUUGCUGAUGGAGAUGAAAACCUACCAGAAGAUCUGUAUGAUGAUGAGAUUUUCCAGUUCACGGAUCCAUCUGUCACAUAUGCGUAACAUUCUUUACAUCUUGAAAACACACAAUUUUGCUAUUUUCACGAACUUUGCAAUGCUGUAUAAAAGUAAAGCUAUGAAUUGCAGUCUGGCCAGCUGGCUUGAACACUUCAGAUAUUGCCAUUUUGGUUGGGUAAUAAGAUUUACCACCACCAAUUUCAAACCUGUGUUUAAAGCAGCAAGUGAGUCUGAGGGACAGGUUGUAAAGCACGUCAGUUUGUCUUCAGUGAUCUUUUGUCCUCUGCCUCAGGCUGUGAAAACUUACACAUUUCUGAAAAACUGUUGCUUUGAACAUGGUUCCAUUUAAUUUUCUGAAUGCUAACAAACUGUGUUUCUCUUUUGUGGAAAGUAUUCUGGCCAACCUUGAUCCAUCAAAAAAACUUCCAAAUCUGCCUUGGCAUCUGGGGG